CUUACCUGUGUGUCCUUUCUGUUGUUGAACCGGAGCGUGAACUAGGGCCUCAACGCAUUCAAGGCAAGUGCUCUCCCGCAGCUAUAUACCGGUGCUGAAGACUGCAGCAUGGCUCUCUCCCGCUUUGCUUCCUGGAAGGAGAUGACUAAAGAGGAGCUGGAGAUCCAGUACACCCCCAGCAAGUGGGUGGUCCGGCGGGAACCGGCUGAGGCCCUGGAGACCUUUACACGAUUGGGAGUCCAGGCCACCACGCAGGCCCGGGCCACCCAGAGGAACGAGGUGGACGUGCCUUACGGGGCGGGGGAGCUCGAGAAGAUGGACAUCUACUUUCCCAAGGACGGGCCCGAGGCCUGGCCUGUCUUUGUGUUCUUCCACGGCGGGUACUGGCAGGGCGGAAGUAAGGAUGAGUCGGCUUUCAUGGUCCAGCCACUGACCACCCGGGGGGUGACCGUGGUCAUCGUGGGCUAUCAGAUCGCCCCUGUGGGCACCCUGGACCUGAUGGUGGAGCAGGUGACCCGGAGCCUCGUGUUUCUCCAGCAGCGGUUUCCAGAUAACAAGGGAAUGUAUCUGUGUGGACACUCGGCUGGGGCCCAUCUGUUGGCCAUGAUGCUCCUGGUGGACUGGACCAAGCAGCGGGUCUCCCCCAACUUCCGAGGCUUCUUCCUGGUGAGCGGAAUCUACGACCUGGAGCCCAUCACGUACACGUCCCACAACGACCUUCUCUCCCUGACCCUGGAGGAUGCCCGGAGGAACAGCCCACAGCAGCGCCUGGCGGACGCCCAGAACAUCCCGCAGCAGCAUCUGCAGGACCCCCAGAACAUCUCACAGCAGCAUCUGCAGUACCCCCAGAACAUCCUGCAGCAGCGCCUGGAGGCCACGCGGGCCCCGCCCAUGUACCCGUCCCUCCGGCUCCUGGUCAUCGUGGGCGAGAAUGACUCCCCAGAAUUCCACCAACAGUCCCAGGAGUUUAAUCAGGUGCUGCGCCGGGUGGGGUGGGAGGCCAGCUUCCAGGAGCUGCCGAAGCUGGACCACUUUGAGAUCAUAUGGGAGUUCAUGAAGCAGGACUACAGGCUGAACCAGAUUAUUCUGGAAACGAUCUUCCAGGGGCCCUGAUGGCACCCCAGCCGGCUGCACCCUGCUUGCGUGGCGUCCCCUUCUUCGUCACUGUCUCCUCUCUGCUUUGAGCACAAGACAGGGCCCCUGCCUGGAUGGGGGUCCGGGGGGGCCUGGGAAGUCCAAACUGUCCCCACCAGCUAUGCCUGCUUGGGCACACACAGAUAGUCCAGCUCUCGACCUGUUUGGUAAGAUGCCCCUCCCCCCGGCCCAGUACCACUGAUGAGUAUAAAUGGUUGAGCACAGCAGGAAAGAACAGAGCACGUAUUUUGUCGCCAGAAUGGAAGAUGACCAGUGACACUGGACGGUGUCCCCAGACCUAAAAUACAUGGCCACGGGUUGGAGAGAGAUAAUAGGGGGGAGGGCGCUUGGUUGAAUGUGGCAGACCCGGGUUUGAUUCCCGGAAUCCCAUAUGGUUCCCCAAGCCCCACCAGGAGUGAGCCCUGAGCACUGCCAGCUGUAGCCCCCAAAUCCAAUAAAUAAAAAGGUAAAGAACUUGAUAUUAUAGGGCCAGGGCAAUAGCACAGCGGGGAGGGCGUUUGCCUUGCACGCGGCUGACCAGAUUCGAUUCCCAGCACCCCAUAUGGUCCCCCGAGCACCUCCAGGAGUAAUCCCUGAGCAUUGCCGGGUGUGACCCCCCACCCCCUCAAAAAAAAAAAGCAUGGGGCUGGAGCGAUAGCACAGCGGGUAGGGCGUUUGCCUUGCACGCAGCCAACACAGGUUCGAUUCCCAGCACCCCAUAUGGUCCCCUGAGCACCACCAGAAGCAAUUCCUGAGUGCAUGAGCCAGGAGUAACCCCUGAGCAUCACCGGGUAUCACCCAAAAAGCAAAAAAAAAAAAAAG